CGUUCGGUUUUUAAAUUUUAAAAGCAUGUUAAGUGGAUGAAAUGAAAUAAAAGAGAGAAUUGAAAAAAGAGAGGGAGAAGACGUACAGAAGGUACUCGCAACCUUAAACAACCCGAAGAAUUUUGUCACAUUGGUUCUACACACACCGGUGCGUUCCCUACUUCUGAUUCUAUCAUCAUGCCUAGGGUUUCAUCGACCCCUUCUCCCUCGCCCUCAGCUUCUAUGGCUUCCACCAUCAGAGCCUACGCGCUCCCUAUUAUUCUCUUCGCAGGAGCCAUGUUCUACCAGCUUUUUCUCAUUCCCAAUGCUUUCCCUCCUUCCCAUUAUGACGUUCUGCAAAUUGAGAGGUAUAGUUCGGUGGAUAAAGUGAAGGAGGCUUACGACAAGCUUGAGUGUAAAUGGAAUUCGGCUGUGGAAGUUUCUGAUAUUCAUGAGUUUUUAAAGAUUCGAUAUGCCUAUGAGUUGCUGACAAAUCCACUAUGGAAAAGAGACUAUGACAUCUUUGGCAUUGAUGAACAGCUUCAUAUUGUUGAAAGUGCCAGAAAGCAUUAUGCGGGGAAACGUAUUUCAGAAUUGGACUUCCCUUUGCUACGUGCCCCUUCUGGAUCUAUAGAUCAUUCUUCUAAAGUCAUUACUGCUAGUGACUUCCGGUCUAUAUUUCCGGAUACAAAGCCAUGGCUAAUUCAGUUGUAUUCAUCGGGGAGUGAACGUUGUGCUCAAUUUUCCAAGUCCUGGAAUAAGAUUGCUUCUUUAUUGGAUGUUGUUGCAAACACUGGUACGGUGGAACUUGGUGAAAAGGAGCUUGCCGCAUACCUUGCUGAUAGAAGAUCAACAGGAAAACCAUUUCUUAGAAAUGGAAUUCCAUCUUUUGUUGCUAUUCCUCCUGGAUGUCGAGCUGCUAAAUGUUUUAGUCGGUUUGAUGGCGAGCUUACUGUUGACAAGGUUACAAAUUGGUUUGUAACAACUAUAUUGGAUUUACCUCAAAUUAACUACUACUCAAAGGAAUUGCUGGUGCCAAACUUUCUGGGUAAAACUAGUCAUCAUAAGGUAAAAGUCAUCUUUUUCUCAAAAUCGGGGGAGCGUGCUGCUCCAUUUAUACGACAAGCAGCUAAAGACUAUUGGGCUUAUGCUUCAUUUGCAUUCAUUCUCUGGCGGGAAGAGGAAUCUUCCUAUUGGUGGGGAGCAUUUGGGGUGGAAUCUGCACCUGCUAUUGUAUUUCUUAAAGACCCAGGUGUAAAACCUGUUGUUCACCAUGGUUCAAUUAACAAUUCUUUAUUUUUAAAUAUGAUGGAAAGUAAUAAACAGCAAGAGCUUCCUCAGCUAAGAAGUGUGACAUCAAUGGAGCUAGGCUGUGAUCCCCGUGGCUAUUCUCGUGCUGGAUACGAUACGGUUAUAUGGUAUUGUGCCAUUGCAGUAGGAAGGCCAAGCUUGGAGUUAAACAAAAUGCGUGAAACUAUGUGCAGGGUUCAAGAAACAUUGUCUAAGCAUAGCCACGUGGAUGUGUCAUCUGAAAAUCAAUCAUUAGCCCCAGCUAUUGACGCAUUUAAGAGAAGGCGGUUGACAUUUGCUUGGCUUGAUGGUGAAAAGCAAAAGGACUACUGUCAAUUUUACCUUGGUCAUGCUGCUAGUGAUCACACUUGUGGGCAACGGAAGGGUGUAACUGAUAUUCCUCGGUUAUUUGUUAUUCGUUACCUGAGAAAUAGUAGUGCUGUUGAUUCGCCGGCACAAGAAAAGACAAAGUGGACAUCACUACUUGUCCAAGAUCUAAUUGAUGAUUCUGAUCAGACAGGCCAGUUUGUGGCUGGGUACAAGGAUGCAGUUGAUGUUUCACAGAUAACUCAGUGGCUUGCAAAUAUUAUAGCAGAUGGUGACUCAAGAGAUUUACCAUUCUUUACACUACGAACUCCUAGGCUUGUUCCGGAUGAAACCGAACCUAUUUGGUCCAAAAGUGUACAAAAUAUUCCCUUGAAAAAUCUGAAGCAGAGUAUUCUGGGCGGUGUUAGUGGACUCUCUGUUUACCUUGAGGAUCCAAGAGUUGGUCCUUUUCUUCUUCUGGGUGCCUUAAUUUCUUUGGGUACCACCUGGCUGCGAAGGAGCCAACAAGUUCAGCUGUCUAAAUCAAAUCAACCUAGUUCCAAUCAGUCAUCAGACUCAAACCAACCUAGUUCCAAGGCACCGUCCGAGGAUGAAGGAAAACAGAGACCAAGAGACCGAGUCCGGAGUCGGUCAAAUAAAAAACCGCCCCCGUCUAUGACAGAUUUCGAACCAUCAGAUGCUUACCAAAUGCCGCUAUCAGAUUCUGAAUGAGUAGUUUUAGGUUGGUUUCUCCCUGAAGGACAGGAGCAUUCCAAGACAUAAGUUACAUGGUCUAAAAAGUGAAACUCCUGAAUGUCUUGGUUUGGAGCCAAUAUAAUACAAUAUUGAAACCAUGUCAACCAGUGAUUUGAAGGCACAUAAUCCUUAUGGCAGAUAUCAAGAAUGAAACGUUCAUGAAUUCUGUUCUAGGCAUAAAUUUGCUUAAUAUUUGGAUUAGCAUAGUUAAUGUAAUGCAACUCAUUAAGAGAUGAUUUAACCAAAAUUGAGGAAGCCAACAGAAUUAGCAUAAGAUGAAGUAAAGUGAAGUCGUUAAAGUACGUUACAUGUGAAAAAAAUUAUCAUAUUUUCAUUUAGAACAUCUGAUUUAAGAGUUAGACAGACGCAAUUGACCAGUUAAGCGUGGAACGUGUGUACAUGGCUGAUCAGGGAUGCGGCAUCUACUAUGCUCUCUUUUAUAGUAAUAGCAAUUUCUUUCAUUACACUUCAUAGCAAAUUGACUGUCUGCUAAUGUAAUUUAAUUUUUUUCUUAAGCUGAAGGUUAAUAAUAAUGAUUAUAAUUCCUUUUUU